GUACCCGGGAACGGACGGCCCCUUCACCCACGCCAGCCCUGCAGCCAGUGAGGCUCUGUGUCCUGUUCUUCUCCUGCUCCUUGUGUGUCCCCUGGGUGCUUCUGCUCAUCUCAGCACCCACCAGUGUACCUCAUUCUGGACAGCCCAAGCAUUCAGAGGCAGUGUGGGCUGUGUAAUAGCAGAUUCAGUGCAAGUCCCACCUGUGUGACCUGGAGUAAAGUCUCCUAUCUGUAAAAAGCUAGUCACACAUCAUAGCCACCAUAUACUGCAUUACCAGAAUUAAAUCACACAGUCACCUGGCCAUCUCACAACAGCUCCAGGCCCUUAGGAAAUGUGGUGGCACUUGCUGCCGCCACUGCUGCCGCUAUUGUUUAUUGUUAACAUCUCCAUUCACCAUUAUGGCUGCUGUUCCUAUUCCUGCUAACUUGAGGGUAGGAUUUGUGUUCAGUAUACUGUGGGAAGGAAAGGGCCCAGGUUUGUUAAGACAGUAUGUCUUUGAUAGCUGAUGGAUUUUUGCAGUCACUCGAUUAAAUACAGACUCCCUUCAGGUUCUGUAGCUGGGUUUUACAGGUCCCAUCUGUUCAGAGUGAGGCGCAAUUGUGUGGUGUGUAUGCGCUCAGUGAACAGAAACCUGCCUUCUUUCACCCUGGCAGGAUUAUCCGCCUUCCUCACCUCUCCCUGUCUUGUGUAGAUGCUACAACCCUCUGGAGAACAUUUGGUCUGGAGUUAAACACUGCAGGUAGUCAGUUGCUUGUAUCAGAGACCAGGCUCUUUCCACUCAGAGCCCCGAGCUGAAGCUUGGGUGUUGGCGAUAAUGGGACUCUUGCUUGGUGUGCUGGGUCAGAGCUUACUGGCUGGAAGGAAGAUCCCACACCUCCUUGGACAAAUGCAACCUCUUUGGAGCAUCCCAGCUAAGAGUAGUCCAGCCUUAUGGGCCCUGAGCUUAAGCACUGCAGUCCUAAGUGGCUGACAGAGCCAUGCAGAGCUUUGCACGUUGACUAGAGCAGUGGUUCUUAACCUUCCCAAUGCUGCAACCCUUUAAUACAGUUCCUCAUGCUGUGCUGACCCCAGCCAUAACGUUAUUGUCAUUGCUACUUCAAAACUGUAAUUGUGCUACUUGCUAUGAAUCACUAUGUAAAUAACUGUGUGUCUUAGGUGACCCCUGUGAAAGGAUCAUUUGACCCUCAAAGGGGUCAUAACCCACAUGUUGAGAACCGCUGAACUAGAGGCUUGUUUGCUUUUGAGAGCUGUGUACAGGUCUACAGCCAGCACAUACCCUGUCAUCCCAGCCUGUUGGUCCCUGGAAUGACUAUCAUGGCAAUUGUCAGUGAACACCACAAUCACAUGUCAGUGAGUCUAGCCAAAUGUCUCCUGGUGGCCUACUCUUCUUAAGGCUGAGUAGGUCUCUAGCCUGCUUUUAUUUGUAUACAUUGUGCUUUUUGGUUUAGUUGGUACAUUCAAUUCAUUUGUGGUCUGGAAGCCUUUGCUUCUAAGUAUCAGUUUGGCAGUAAGGUUAAGGGAUAAACAUGAGGUAAGUCACACUCGCUUAUUUUCCAUUGUGUUAAGGAUUUCACUAGCUGGGAAGAAGGUCUAGCCAUGGUGUAGUGGCAUGGGGCAGGAUGGGUAUCUGUAUCUUGUUUUGCACAAGGUGUUCUAGUCAAACCAUCUUGGAAAGAUGUUGCUGCUUUUGUUCCAGGCUUUGAGAGAUGCUUUUAGGCAGCCACAGCUAUGACUAACGUGGUAUGGACAGGGCAGGCUUGGCCCCAGACCCUAACCUUAUUGUCAGCCAGAUAGCUCAGUCCCAGCACAAAGGGGCUAUAGGCCAGCUUAUUGAGGCUGUUAUAUCACUUAGGGUGCUGGGCGUGGAGUGUGGCUUCUGGUGCUGAGACCUGCCCCUGCACAGGGAGGACACUGUUACCCAUCUCCCAACGUGGGGCUCCCAAGCUACACAGAUUGUGCCAAAUAGGACCCUAGGGUUUCCCCAGAGGCUAGCUUAUAGACUUCAUAGCUCAUCCAGGUGUGGCUCCCAGUGCCCCUGUGGCCAUUUUGCUGCCUUGUCAGUUCUCAAACACACUAAUCAUUCCCAAACAUGGUGGAUUGUCAUCUUCCCACCCAGCUCACCAUAAACACAUAGCAUCCACAGGCCUUGCUAGUCUACUUCUAUUCUAAGGCUUCCCAAAAUAUAUAUGCCAUCUUUUAGACUUAUAUUUGAAGGUGCUGAUAAUGAAUGUUUUCUCCUCACCCUGCAUCUCUGUUUGGGCAAAAGUGACAGCUGUGAAAUCCUGACCCUUGGUGUCAGUUCUUAUUGCAAACCAGGAUUUGUUCCUAUGGAGUUGGGUCAUGGGGCAACGGCAGCUUUUUCCUAAGCUCUGAAGUAUGUGUAUCAGCAGCAGGGAUGAGAGUGUGGGGUGCUGGGCCCCAGCUUUCCCCUCUCCUUGCUGUGCUGAGGUGGCGGGUGCUUGCUUCUUCCUCCUGUCACUCCUCCUCCAAGCUUCUUUUAUUGGGCCUGCAUCAGGGGGUGAUUAACAGUGUGCUUGUGACAGACACAUGUGCCCCUGCACCCCCCCCCCAUGUCUGCUGCCCCUAUUCUGGUGGCAAAGAAGUCUCCACAUAGAAAGGUAGGGUAAAACAGAAGAGUGAAAGGGGUAUCUCAGUGGGACGGUUUGCCACAGCUUGAUGGGAAUGUAGAAUGAUUGGAGUUUUGUUUUCUUUUGUUCUGUUUUUAUAAAGUAGCUCCCAGAAUUUGCACUUCCAUAUUUAGGCCCAGACACUGAAGCACACUGAAUGUGUGCUUUUGACCCAUCUUCACUCAUCUCCAGCUUACAAAGAAAUUUGCUGUCCCUCAGUUCUCAAGUCCUGGGUGACUUGUUCCAAGGCUACAAGAUUACAGUCUCCAAUUUCUGCAGAAAUGGUCUGUUAAAAGAAAGACAAAGGAUGCCUUCGCCCCUCAGCUGAAGAAGCUCUGCCUAAGAAGUCAGACAGCCACCACAUGUGCUUGUUUCUUAGCUGGCCCUUAUUUGAAGGGACAUCCAUCUGCUUUUGGACUUGCUUAGAGCAGUAAGUUAAUAAUGAGGCCAGCAGAAAGAUGGAAUAGCCCUACCACCUCCUGGGAACAGCAGGGCUAGGCUGCUGGUUUUGCCUAAGGAACAACUAGGAAUUAGUUGGCUAACCCAACCUUCCCAGCUCCCUUCCUGGAAUCCCACAUGGGCCUGUCGUAGUGGCAGAAGGCAAGACUGACAGCCUAGUCGGUUGGAUAGAGGGGUCUCCGGGGCCUUGAUCUGCUUUGUCCUUUAGAAGUCUCUGUAAGAAUGAAGUGGAACCUGGCCUCACUCUUGACUUUCUCUGGGAUAUUGAAACAUGAAUCCUAGUUUUUGUCUUGAGCCACAUUGUAGUUUCGGGUAAGUUGAAAUUCUACAGCACACGUCCACCUAUAGAGGGUCUUUCUGAUUCUCAGCCUGAGGCUGUUACAGUAAAAUUUCCCAUGUGACAUGGGAAAGAUUCUGCUUGUGACACAUUAGCAGCCCAGAUCAUGAUGGAAGGCAGUAAAAUGGGAAAGAUUCUGCUUGUGACACAUUAGCAGCCCAGAUCAUGAUGGAAGGCAGAGGCAUAGAGAUACACUCUGGGCCUAUACCAUCAACAGUUUCUCUAGACCUUUCUUCCUUUCUCUGUUCCUGGUAUGUAUCUGUGUUCGUGUCUGAGCAUAUAGACCACAACACACAUGUUGAGACUGUUGAGAUCAGAGGACAAGGUUAGUGUCUGUCCUUACCCUCCACUCUGUGAGACAGGCUUUCAUGUUUUGCCGCUGUGUAUACCAGGCAGGCUGGAUUGCUGGGGGUUCUCCUGCCCCUGCCUUAUUUCGUGAUGGGAGCAUGGGGAUGUGAGCUGGCAGUGUUAAGGGUGCCUGUCUUGUGUAUCUAUCACUGUCUCCAGAACUCUUUGCAUCUUGCAAAACUGAGGGAUUCAAACUCUGGUCCCCACACUUGCAUGACAACUGUUUUACCUAUGAGCCAUCUCCCCAGCCCAGCAGGGUUCAUUUUCAGAGUGUAAGCAUGUGGGCCAAUGAGAAAGAGACUUGGUAGCUCCCCUCCCUUCCCCCCAUUAUGUAGUGGGGAGAUUUUUGCCUGUGCCUUUCAUACAGACUUAACAAGAGAAGCAUAGAGCUCAGGGAGGGCAAAUCCUCUAAAAGCCGUAUGCCCAGAAAAAUCACUGUGUUCAGGAGAGGUACCAAUGAGCAAAGAAGGGGACAUACUCCAGCCAGCCCCUGCUAUUGCCCUAGCCAAUUUCACCUUAAAACACUGUUCCAGAGUCAGCCAAUCACAGCCCUCUGUGGUUACCUAGGUAACUGGCAGCAUAUCUUUCCCCUUCCCUUGACCUUCCUAUGAAGGCCUGCCUUUCUCCCUCCCUCUCUAUUGUCUGUCUGUUUGUGGUUUCUGGAACAGAGAAUCCAGAUUGAAGAAAUCCUUGAAUUGUGAAGUCAAAGACUUCUGGGAUGUGGUGCCUGCCGUUUCCCCAGAGAGCACUUCAUCUACCAGAUAUGACUCCUCCUAGGCGAGUCAGGGAGUUAGUACUAUCAGAGGAUGGGGGAAUUCCAGGAUAUGGCCAGAGUUGUCACAUCAAGAAAUCAAUGUCUUUGUGUCCUGACCUUCUCGGUUCUCCCAGUACUGUCAUCACUUAUGUGGUAUGUAGAAGAUGAAGAUGCCCUUGCCUGCUUUUGGUUCCUGUCUGUCUUUUCUCUUCCUACUUCAUCCUUCUCCUCUUCUUCUUUUAUUUCUUUUUUAUUGUGGUAAGAUUCUGGCAAAUGAACCCUCACUACUUUGAAGCAUACGAGUCAGCAGUGCUAAGGGUUCCAUCUUGUGUGUCCAUUGCCAUCAUUUCCAGAACUCUUUGGUAUCCUGAGACUCUACCUGUGAAACAACUCUCAUUCUCCCUGCCCCCACCCACUGCAGCCAUCAUUCUCUGCCUGUUGUCAUGGCACAGCUGCUCUUCUGUACAGAUCCUUAUAAGAUCCUACAGGAGCUGAGGACAUAGCCCAGGCGGUAACAGGCUUGCUCAGCUUAACCUCCAGAAGCCCUGUAUUUUAUUUUAUUUUAUUUUAUUUUUUAUUUUAUUUUAUAAAAUGGCACACUUGUAACUCCAGCACCAAAGAGAGAGAGAGAGAAAGGGAGAGAGAGAGAGAACCUGAGGAGAACCAACACUCGGGGUUGUCCUCUGGUAUAUGCACUUGAGUCACACACACAUACACACACACACACACACACACACACACACACACACACACAGAGGAUAGUUACUCCUCCAUAACUGUGACAAAGUACCAUGAAGGCCUUAUUUGUGUUUAUGGUUCCAGAAGGUUAAGAGUGCUCUGAGGGUCUCACAUUGUGAUUCACGGUAAGAGGCCAAAAGCGCUAACUUUUGAAAUCUCAAAGCCCAGCCCCAAUGAUAGACUUCCUCCAAAAGGCCACUUCAUCUCAACCUACCCAAACAGCCAAACUAGGAAGAUUUAAACUACCUUUUGUUAAGUGUGGGGAGAUUUCAUUAUAAAUUCAAAUAAAAGUAAUUAAUAAAUACCUAAAAUGAAGAGAUAAACAAUGAAUUUGGAUUAAGCCAGAGCCACAUUAUGAAGUAGGAAUGGGACUAGAAAACCCUGUUCAACCCCUGUUUAGUUAGGCCACCCCAGCUGUAUACUCCGAUUUAGUGCUACGGGCAAGGCACCCAGAGCUGCACCCAGAGCUGCAGUAGAUUUCAUGGGAAGUUACAGCUUCCCAGGCUGGAAUAAAGCUAGAAGAAGAAAGAUACAACAGUUCUUGAAGAUGAUUCUCCUGAGUGGCAGGAGUAAGUCACUCUCAGCAUCCCAGUCUUUAUAAUAGUUCUAACUAAAGGCUAGGUUUAUUUCAGAAGUCAUUGUGUCAAACAAUCAGAUAAAGUGUUUAGUGUGAACUUCUAAAAUAAUUUGAAUAGAUUUUUUUUCUAGGAGGACAGUAACAUUAUAUAAUAGUGCUAAAUUUCCCUGUCCUAAAAUUAACUCUCAAAAUUAUUACUGAUAUACCUUUGUUUUUAAAUUUUAUUUUUAUGUGUAUCCCUUUGUGUCUCGGUGGAGGUUGUGCUCCCGAGUGCAGAUGUCAGUGGAGGAGAGAAGAGGGUGUCAGAUCCCUGGAGCUGGAGUCCAGCACUUGUGAGCCACCCCCUGUCAGAAUUGGGAACUAGACUCAGGUCUUCUGCAAGAGCAGUAUGAGCGUCUAACUGCUGUUUUCUUUUUAAAGAACAGGUUGAGGAUUCUUUUUCAAAAUGCUUUGGGCUACCAUCUUUUCAGAUUUUGAAAUAAACAUUCCAUAUACUAAGAAUAAUGAGUUGUUGUCUUGGGGAUGGGACUCAAGUGUAAAUGUGAAAUUCACUUAUUUUUCAUAUAUUCUUUGUACACAGAGCCUUAAGAUUUUUCUGAUUUCUUCAUUUGUUUAUGUAGAAGGUGGGUGUGGGGAACUAGUGCAUGUGUGUAUGUAUGUAGAAGUCAGAGCACAACUAUACAGUGGGUUUUUAGGCUUAUGUGGCAGGUGCCUAACCUGAUGAGCCAUCUCACCAGCCCCUGACUGUAAACCAUGCUGUGCAUAAUGCUCUUAACAGAAACCACUUUAAGGUUUAGAUUUGGGAAUGACUUGAAUUUUGCAUUGUUGGAUUAAAGGUUGUGGUAGAGCACAUUAGAAACUUGAUACAUCUUUAACUUUUAAUUUUUCCAUUAAUUAUUUUGUAACAAACAAAACCAACUCUAUUUCUUAAGGGUUCUUAGGCUAAAAUUCUAAAAAUAAUAUUUAGUUCCCAUCCAACUUCUAAUUUAUUUAUUUUGUUGAGCGUUUGUUGCCAGGUGACUCCAGGAUAUACCCAGGGCCUUGUAUGCAUGGGCAAAUGCCCACCCUGAUGUAUGCCUUCAUGCUCCUAGCAGAGCUGUGGACUCUUAGAUAUAUUUGUUUUGAUGAUGAUCAUAGGAACAUAGAGUUCAUUGUAGUGUUCUUCUACACCAGUGAACCGUGUACUCAUUCACCCUUUCUCUGGGCAUCUAGACCAGUAAAGGGACCCUGUGAACAGGUUUCUGCUUAUAUCUGUUAGGGCUUACGGGAAUGCCAUGGCUGGCAGGCUGGCAGGCUGGCAGGCUGGCAGGAGCAGCUUCUUUCCAUUUCACCAUCCCCUCGUUCCAUGUCUCUUCCUUUGGCUCAAAUUUCUUUUUUCUCUUUCCUGUCUUCAUUGGCAGCUGCUUUCUCUGUACAGUUGGGGAUUUCUGAAAGCAGUUUGCUGCAGAUGGGCUCUGCCGUUCUUCACUUGCCAGUGGCAAUACUUGUCUCAUCUCUCCACCAAGUAAAUCUUGGUUAUUGUCCUGGUGUACUUUUGUGCAUUCUUUACCCCAAACACAGGCAGAUGUGUCAGCUACAACCUCCUGGGAGGUUUUCUUACUGUGUAGUAAGCUUUACAGCCUCACUGCACUUGAAGUGCCCCACCCCACCAGGUGGCCUAGUGUUCAGAGCUACAGAACAAUCUCACUGUUUCUAAAGGUGGCCUGAGAGACCAGGAGGCAGAGUCCCAGGAUUUGGGGAUCUCUCACAAGGCCCUCACUGUCAGAUGAUGGCUUACAGUGUCGGAGAUGGUGGCAGUGGCUGUGCAAGCUGACCUUGUGUGCAAGGCCUUCAGGACAUCUCAGGCACUUACUGAGUUCCCUUUUAAAAUGCACAUUAAUAGAUCUCCUUGUUCAUCAUGUAUAUCUUUACAGAGACUUUGCAUUUAACACUGGUUUUGAGUUUAUAGUAGUGUCUUAGUUAGGGCUUUACUGCUGUGAACAAACACCAGGACCAAGGCAAGUCUUAUAAAAAACAACAUUUAAUUGGGGCUGGCUUACAGGUUCAGAGGUUCAGUCCCUUAUCAUCAAGGUGGGAGCAUGGCAGUAACUAGGCAGGCAUGGCGCAGGCAGAGCUGAGAGUUCUACAUCUUCAUCCAAAGGCUGCUAGUGGAAGAACUGACUUCCAGGCAACUAGGGUGAGGAUCUUAUACCCACACCCACAGUGACACACCCAUUCCAACCAGAUCACACCUAUUCCAAUAAGGCACACCUUCAGAUGGUGCCACUCCCUGGUCCAAGGAUAUACAAACCAUCACAAGUAGUAAUUUUUCAGAUGUGUUAUUUAUAAAUAAUUUCAAAUUUAAGAAAAGUCGUGAAACAAAAAUAGUAUAGACUACUCAUUUACUCUUUACUUAGUUUCCGAUUUUGCUGUUUUCUACUAUUUGCAUUUUUACUUGUAUUCUCCCCACCCGCCCCUUCCUCCCACCCUCUUGCCCAGUUCACACAAACAAACACACAUGCACACACACGCACACAUGCAUACACACACAUACACACAUGCAUGCACACACACUUAUGCACAGUUGUUGGAGGGAUAAGUCAUAUCUCAUGUCCUUUUCCUCCCAGGGCCUCCAUGGUUUUUUGCUAAGAACAAGGUAUUCUUCAACCUGUCACCAUCAGUUCAUAGCUCUUUUGUCGACAGAUUUUUUUUUUAGCUAUUUUAUUGGAUUCUUAUAUUUACUCCCACCCAACCCUUAUUCCACCCUAAUCCCUUCCAACCCCCCAACACUAGGUAGGAGAGAAAGAAGGCUAGAGGGGAAAGGGGGCAUAGACUUCUUUAGACUACUUCCUACUGAUUAGGGGUGUUGGGAUCCUAGGGCCAAGUCCAAUCUUGUCUUCAGAAUGUCCAGAAAGCUAGCAAUCCAGCAAAUGCAACAGCAGGGACCAGCAGCAGCUGCCCCAGGCUCUCCAAGGCUCUCCCAUUUAUACCCUCUCUAGAAUCCCAUAUCUGCAGCUGGCAAAAAUCAUGGCCCACCUAGAGUGUAAUACAAUCAUACUUAAUGGCCGUGGACAACCUGAAGCAGCCCCAUAUCCCACAGCUGGGAUUAAAACCAAAACAUGUUCACAUAGCGUAACUGAGUUCUUAAUGAAACCAAAAUGCUCACUACACUCUUUCCCAGCUAUGUCACCGUUGUCUCUGUUGGCCUAAAAAAAUGUCCUUUAUUGCACAUUCUAAAUUCCUACUUCCUUUUUUUGAGACAGAAUUUUAUAGGUGUAGCACGGGAUAGCUGCAGAUUCUUGGUCUUCCUGCACAGGUCUCCUGUAUUGACACCAUGAUGAUGGGCGCCCUUCAUCACACUGAUCUUUUGAAGAAUGCAGAUGUGCUUCGACCUCUAGUGACUUAAGUGGUCCUCAUUUGGUCUCUGAAUGCUUAAGGGUCUGCCUUCUUGGCUGAUGUGGGUUAGGUGGUACCAUGUCCUUUUAAGUGUGAAGUUUGUACUGACUCUCAGUCCCAGUAUUCCCACAUUCUUGGCUUCCCUGUUAUGUUUUGUCUGUAGUGAACUCCUCUGUCUUCUCUCCAACACAGUUAUUCUCUGAGGCUGUAACAAGCCGGAACAGCGUCAGAGUCACAUCGCUCAAUUAUGUAGCAUUCUGUAAAUAAUUAGUGGGGAGUUUGUUUGCAAUACUUCUCCAUCUGCCACCCUACCUCAGUAUUUCAUGUGUCCAAAGUCAAGGGAGUCUUGUCAGCUGCUCCUUCGUAUGCUUGCUGGAUUGGCCCACCCCCAUUUCCUCCUUCAGGGUAGGUGUGGCACUUACUUUAAAUUUUGACAUUUCCCUUUCUGUGCAGUUCAGUGUUCUUGUUGAUACAAUUCAUAUGUAUGUUUUAUGAUUUAAUACAUAUGUCCUGUGUGUCCUGGUCACAUCCAACCCAAGCCCACAUACACAGAAUCUUCUUCUUAAAAUACACAGUGUUCUAACCCCGAAGACUGUGCAGACAGGAAAGUCCUUUGCUUCUGUGUUCCUUCUCCCCUCCCACCCCUGACCUUUUUGCUGAGUUAUCUGCUCUCCCUCCUCUCCCCCAUGUGUGUUGUAAAAAUACGCAGAUUUAGCCAGGUGUGGUGGCGCACACCUGCAGUCCCAAUACUGGAGAGGCUGAAGCAGGAGGAGCUCGGCCGGUCUGGACUACAUAGUGAACCUCUGUCAAAAAAAAAAAAAGGAAGGAAGGAAGAAAAAAAGUCAAAUUUGUAUUUUUUUUUUUGUCCUUUUUGCUCAUAAGGCAGUGUGGUAGAUGUACUCUUGACACUUUUCUCUGUUGUUGAGGUUCUAGAAGGAUAAAAAUCCAUUGCUAUCACAGAGGGGACAUGUCACAGGAACAGCUGAAAGGUCAUAUCUUGAACCCCAAGCAGAGAGUGAAUUAGGAGUUGCACCUGGCUUUUAAAACCCCAAUGCCUGUCCCCAGCGGUAUACUUCCCCAGUAAGACCAUCCUGCCUACCCCCCCACUCCCGCAAACAGUGCCGCUGACUGGGGACCAUGGAGGGGCAGUUUAUACUCAACCGCCCACAAGUCCUGUACAGCCUCAGUACCUAGUAAAAGCUGCCGGCCUCCAAGGACCUUAUCAGGUUAGAUGAAGGCACAACAUUUUUACAUGAGCCCAUCAGGGCUGCAAAGCUAGUUCAGCAGGUAAAGGUGCUUGUUGCAUAAGCCUGGGGACAUGAGUUCAAAUCCCCAAUAGUCAAGCAAAAGGCCAGAUCUGCUUUUGCGAGUGCCUGUAAUUCUACUGCUGCGGGGGCACAGACAGGAGGAUCCAUAGGGAUCACUGGUUGCUCUGUAAUAAGAGACUGUUAGUAAGUCACACUCAGGUAAUUUAGGUGGAAAAUGAUAGAGCAUGACACCCCGUGUCCUCUUCUUCACUCUGCACAUGCUCACAGUCAUACAUACUCUCCCCCAUACACACAAUUUACAUUUUUUAAAAGUGCUAAUCCCUUCAACAAGCCAUUCUCAUUUAAACAGAAGCCUGGCUGGUGGGACUGGGGAUGACUCAAAGUAUAAUUGAGGGUCAGAUAGAGCCCUUGAGUUGCCAUUAGCAGAAUCUCUGGCCAUUUGGUAGCUCCUGAGUCACUGGAGCAUCCUGCUUGGCCCAUUGGUGGAAGCUGGCUGCCCUGGAAUGAAUACAGCAUCAGCAAGAACAGGUCAGCAUGGGGCCGGAAGGCAACACAAGACCACCAUAGACACUCUGGUAUGGCAGAAAGAGGGGUUCACAGGAAAGGUCACAGGCUCUUAGAGAUGUGACAGACUGGGGAGACCCUUUCCCCAAAGCCACUUCUCUCCAUUUCAAAAGAGACAGAGAGCUGGUGGAGCCCAGGUAAGAACUUUCACUGUAAAACUUAGCUGGAUAAAAUUGUUUACAAAAAGAUGAAAACCUAUCCUGACUUUGAAAGAACUGGUCUACACUCACCUAGGAAAUCAGCUGAAACUGGAGAAACUCAGUAGGAUUGGCUGAGCAACUGGGAGCACAGGGUGACACAGUCAGGACUUAAGGUGCUCGGAUCACCUACUGCUGGCUUGUGUGCCACAGUGGGAGCUGGACUAGCUUCUGCUGCAUAGAGAACUAUUGCACUUCUGGGUGACUCUUUCUCAGAGUUGGUUGCCACAUUUGGAACAAACAAGAAACAAGUAGAUUUCAAGUAUUGUGAUGUUGUUAUUGUCUCUUCUUUUUUUUUUUUUUGAAGGUCCUAGAAUAUCAGGAAGGGGCUCUGUAGUGCCCGAGUGACCAUGUGGGCAGACAGUUGAUAUUUACCUUCUUUGACCACAGUCCUAUACUCGACUACCUACCAUGUUGGCAUGCCUUGGAAAGUCCCUUUGAUGGCUAAGGGUGUGGCUCAGUGGCAGAGUACUUGCCCAAUAUGCACAAGGUCCUGGGUUCUAUCUCCAGCAUUGCAAAAAAGCAUAAGUUAUUGAGUCACUUGAAAAAUUGCCCAACUAGCAGUGAGCUAGAUUGUCUUGAACUCUUCUCUUGCUCCAGAAUCCUAAUGAUGUCCAGGGACAGGAAAAGGCUGAAAAGGGGACUACUAUGCUAACUUGUCCGUCACACUUGGCACUGGAACUUGACUCUGUGACCUUGGAGAGUCCUGGGAAACAGUGUUCCCACCAUGUCAGCCAAGCAGGGUGGAGUUCUGCCCGGGAAAGUGAGCUCACAGCAUGCGCAAGUUGGGCCUGGGAUCACCAGGUAGAGGUCAGAGGCCAUAGCCAAGGGGAAACCAGUGUCAAAGCUUGGGAGACUUCAACUGUCUUUAUCAGUAAACACAAUGAGAUACAAACAAAAUAAAAGCCUGAACCUCCCAAGAAGAAACACAUUGAUUGUGAUUAUACGUAUUCUCAUCACCGUGUUAAGUCAUAUACAGUAUAAAGCAAACAAAAUAGAUAAGAAAAAGACUGACCUAUCAAAUGGUCUUGUACCUCAAUCUGGGGAAACCUAAGGUGACUAGGAACUAGCUAGGGGUUGAAGAGAACUGUAGAACAACAAGGAAAGAAAAAAUGGUGCCUAAUACAGGGUUGGUGCUGUGUCCCUGUGCAGCUAUGACUGAAGACUGUGUGUUCUGUUGUUGGUGCUGUGUCCCUGUGCAGCCAUGACGGAAGACUGUGUUCUGUUGUUGGUGCUGUGUCCCUGUGCAGCCAUGACGGAAGACUGUGUUCUGUUGUUGGUGCUGUGUCCCUGUGCAGCCAUGACUGAAGACUGUGUUCUGUUGUUGGUGCUGUGUCCCUGUGCAGCCAUGACGGAAGACUGUGUUCUGUUGUUGGUGCUGUGUCCCUGUGCAGCCAUGACGGAAGACUGUGUUCUGUUGUCCACUCAGUAGGAACUGAUGUACUUGUUUCUUAAAUUUAGCCUCAUUGCACAAAAGAAUUAGCUCUUUAUGCAACUAGAAUUGUCUUGCAAUGCCUAUAAGAUACAUAUAAAACAAUUGAGAGACAACACUUGCCCACAUACCCCUUGAAGAUUACUUUUGGUGAUAGUGACCUCCCUGUAGACUUUCAGCUAGCAUCUGGCUCAGAUUAAGUGGGGAGGGCAGGGAACCCAGAGUAAGCUUCCAGAGGUCUUCGUCCCAAGGGAACAUGUGUGGGAUUGCCUCCACACCAGGGGCUGACUACAAGUAUAUCAUCACUCUAAGAGAGACCAGAAAGAGUGUGUGCCAGGGAGGAGUGGGUGGCAUGGGGACGGUCAGACAUCUCCCAUGAGAGAACUUUGUGAACAUAUUGAACACCCUACCCCAUACCACAGCUGCUACAGCACAUUGAUGGUCCUUUCUGCACCCAAAUUUCCCAUAUUGUCCUGGACCCGGGGAGUGAUUCAUUCACAUAUUCAAGAGGUGCACUGUGUGAUGGGGAGGCAGCUAUGCUUAUGAAGCCCAUACCAGUAGAGGAUAGCCAAGAGUAAGUAGGUAAAACAGCAGAGUGACAAUGCUGGUGGUCAGAGAUGCUAUAGAUCAAAGAAACAAGGUGAUAGACAGAGAGGCACUCUGAAAAAUUCCAGAUAAUUUAUACCAAUAGUGUUGUUGGGGGGUGUAGCUCAAAGGGCUUUGCAACUACCAUGCCUGAGGCCCCAAAUAGGGGCCCUUGCACUGCAAACAGCAGCAACACUUUCUGUGGAGACUUUGUUCCACAGAACGUGGCAUAAAAGGAAAAGGGGAAUAGCUUGACCCUGGGGACACCUGAUAGUAGCAUGGCCAAUAGAGAAUUGACACUUGUCUUAAGGUCAUGUUGCCAGUGUGUAUGCUGGCUAUGAUGUCACAAGAAGGAUAUUUCCCAUAUGUGGUCUUCCUCUGCAAAUCAGCCCCAGCGUAAUAACUGGGGGGAAAAAAAAUCAGACAAACUCCUGUCCAGGGAUUUCUCAAAAUUUCUGGCCAGGACCCCAUACACUGCCAAGUUCCUCCAAAUCCAGGAAAUCCUGAAAGCCUCUUAGGGCCCAGAAGAGUCUCCACACAGAGGUUUGAUCUCAUGAGACCCUAGAACCAGAAAGAACAUGAGGAGGGAAAGAAACCUAGACACAGUGUGCAGUUUAGUUGGUGUUCUUAAAAAGAGCUAAGGGAAGGACAGGUGAGGACAGUGACCAAGGCAUCUCCAAGGAGGUGACAUUUAGCUGAGCAUUGGAAGAUGUAACCGAGUAACGCCCAUGUCUGAGAAAGUGUGGGUCAUUUGACAGCCAGCAAACAAUACGCCUAGCAUGGCCAGGGUGGGGAGCCAGCAAGGCAGAGAAGGCCAGGGUGUGAGAUCAGAGGCAGACAGGCCAGGCGUAGGAGGAGCAGGCCAUGGUCUGCACCCUUUGGAUUUCAUCCUGAGAGUGAGGAGAAGGCGCGGGGAGCUUGGAACAAAAGAGGGACAUGAGCUUGUUUCCACUUACUACCACUUGGGAUAGUUCUCCAAUUGGUAUGGAGAACAGAUGAGGAUGAGAGCGUGUGGAGCCAGCUAAGGGACAGGCCUACACCAGUGGAGAUCUCAGGGAAGGGCAUCUGCCUGAGAAUGGCCUUAGCACAUGACAAGUACUCUUGAUGGGGACAUCAGGAAGCACAGGAUCACUCUUGACUUCCAGAUGUUUCUACUCAGUGAUCCUUAAGGUGUGUGAAAAUAAAAUAUAUACCACAAUUUCAGUCAGUUGCUGUUAAGUUUCUCUUCUGGAGUUGGGAAAAACAAAAUGAGAUUCCUAACUUGUGUCUCCCUUUCAAAGGUUGUAAAUAGAAAGGUGGAAACAUGGCCUCUGUCCUGCCAGAGCUGUUUCUAAAGUUAGAGAGCUUCCGAGCAGUUCAGUGAGUUAGGUAAGGACAUACUAGCCUCAUGUUCCAUCUCCUGAGCUGCCAUCAACCCUUUGGAAAGGAAAUGUGAUCAUGACCGAGCUAAGUGUCUUACGUCAGGAAAUAAAACAGAGAUUGAGAUGGUGAUCAUGAAGCUUGGCAAGCUCUCAGAGGUGGCCGCUGCUGGGACCUCAGUGCAGGAGCAGAACACCACAGACGAGGAGAAGAGCGCCGCCACGAACUCAGAGAAUGCACAGUGGAGCAGACCCUUCCUGGAUAUGGUGUACCAUGCCCUGGACAGCCCUGACGAUGACUAUCACGCCCUCUUCGUGCUCUGCCUCCUGUAUGCCAUGUCUCAUAACAAAGGCAUGGAUCCUGAAAAACUAAAACGAAUUCAGCUCCCAGUGCCAAGUGAAGCUGAGAAAACCACCUACAACCAUCUGCUGGCCGAGAGGCUCAUCAGGAUCAUGAACAAUGCUGCUCAGCCAGAUGGCAGGAUCCGGUUGGCUACACUGGAGCUGAGCUGCCUGCUCCUGAAGCAGCAAGUACUGACCAGCUCUGGCUGUGUCAUCAAGGAUGUGCACCUGGCCUGUUUGGAGGGUGCAAGAGAAGAGAGUGUCCACCUUGUACGUCAUUUCUAUAAGGGAGAAGAGAUUUUCUUGGACAUGUUUGAAGAUGAGUACAGGAGCAUGACAAUAAAGCCCAUGAAUGUGGAGUAUCUCAUGAUGGAUGCUUCCAUCCUCCUGCCCCCAACGGGCACUCCACUGACUGGCAUUGACUUUGUGAAGCGGCUGCCAUGUGGUGAUGUGGAGAAGACGAGGCGGGCCAUCCGGGUAUUCUUCAUGCUGCGUUCCCUGUCACUGCAGCUGCGAGGGGAACCUGAGACCCAGUUGCCACUGACUCGGGAGGAGGACCUGAUCAAAACAGAUGAUGUCUUGGAUCUGAAUAACAGUGACUUGAUUGCAUGCACAGUCAUCACCAAGGAUGGUGGUAUGGUCCAGCGGUUCCUGGCUGUGGACAUUUACCAGAUGAGCCUGGUGGAGCCUGACGUAUCCAGACUUGGCUGGGGAGUGGUCAAGUUUGCUGGCCUUCUACAGGACAUGCAGGUGACAGGAGUGGAGGAUGACAGCCGUGCCCUGAACAUCACCAUUCACAAGCCUGCCUCCAGCCCGCACUCUAAGCCCUUCCCUAUCCUGCAGGCCACCUUCGUGUUCUCGGAUCAUAUCCGCUGCAUUAUUGCCAAGCAGCGCCUGGCCAAGGGCCGCAUCCAGGCCAGGCGCAUGAAGAUGCAGAGGAUAGCCGCCCUUCUGGACCUCCCAAUCCAGCCGACAACAGAAGUCCUGGGAUUUGGACUCUGCUCCUCCUCCUCCUCCUCCCAGCACCUGCCUUUCCGUUUCUAUGAGCAGUGCCGCAGAGGCAGCAGUGACCCGACAGUGCAACGCUCUGUGUUUGCAUCCGUAGACAAGGUGCCAGGCUUUGCUGUGGCCCAGUGCAUAAACCAGCAUAGCUCUCCAUCCCUGUCAUCACCGUCGCCACCAUUUGCCAGUGGGAGCCCUGGUGGCAGUGGAAGCACCAGCCACUGUGACUCAGGAGGCUCUUCCUCUGCACCCUCAGCAACCCAGAGCCCGGCAGAUGCCCCCACGACUCCAGAACAGCCUCAGCCUCACCUAGACCAGUCAGUGAUUGGGAAUGAAAUGGAUGUCAACUCCAAGCCCAGCAAGAACUCAUCGGCCAGGAGCUCUGAGGGGGAGACAAUGCACCUGUCCCCUAGCCUCCUUCCCGCCCAGCAGCCCACCAUCUCCUUGCUCUACGAGGACACUGCUGACACACUGAGUGUCGAGUCACUGACCAUUGUCCCCCCGGUCGAUCCCCACAGCCUCCGAGCCCUCUCUGGCAUCUCCCAGCUCCCCACACUGCCUGCAGCAGAUACGGAGACCCCAGCUGAGGGUGCUGUAAACCCAGAGCCUGCGGAACCCACAGAGCACUGAGUGCGCCAGAGCUCUCCCUUUGUGUGUGCGGCCCGCUGGUAGGGACCCCCCAUGCAUUUUGUGACAGCAAGACACACUGGGAGCACCCACAAUUCUCCGUGGCCCUGAAAACUGCCCCUCAUACCUCUCCCUACAAGACAACCACCAAGCACUCAUUUGCUCUGACCUCUCGCUGAGCAGGCUGGGAUCCUAGAAACGGCCUCCUGUGUAGAGACGAUGGCAUUGGCCACCUCAGAGGGGUCUGGGGCCCUGCCCCUGAUCCUGACAGCCGCAGGGGGCAGGACCCACUGGCACCGUCCUUUGGGCAGCUCCUUUGUCUUCCCUCCCAGUGUGCACAGAAGUGGACAAGGUUACUCUGGGUAGAAACCUGUGGAGAAGCAAACCUAGAUAAGCAUCUCCUCGAGCUAGUUAUUUCUGGUUUUGGCAACAAAUGAAGAGAUUUAUUUUAAAAGAAUCUAUUUUGGAGGAGGGGCAAAAAGAAAAAGCCCUCAACCAUAAGGCUCGGAGUCUCAUUAGAAGUGUCAGCUGUUAAGGUUCUCUGUCCUUAGAACUUUUCCAUGUUUUUAUUCUGAAGUUGUGGCUGUCACUUCCUCUGUUUUCCUGAGUGAUUCUUCUUUCUCUGUCCCCAACUCUACAAGCCUGUGGGGUGAUGAUGUCUCUCCCUGAAACACUGAGGUACUUCUGAACAAGAUGAGAGAGACCUGAGUCCGCUCAGGUCACAUGGGUGAGAAGGCCAAGCCUCUGCUCUCGCGUGACCUGGAUGACGUCUGUUCCCUGCUCAGGACACCACACAGACGCUGCUCCGAGCAGGCACGCUCCCUUCUCUCUUCAUCCAAGAAAGACCCAUUAGCCAGUGUCCGUGACAGAAAUCAAAGGAUUUAAGGCACAGAAAGUCAUCCUCAGAUAUAAUCUGCUUCCCAAGAUGCAAGUGGAUGCCCAACUGGGGCCCAGCUGCAAAACAGGUGACCAAAAGCAGAAUCCCACCCUCCCCCUCCCUCCUCCCCCUCCCUCCUCCCCCUCCCUCCUGCCCCACCCUUUGCUGCUUCCACGCAGUAUGAAAACCCCAUAGUUGUAGGCAUGUGCCAGCAAGGAACAGAUCUGUGCCAUCAGCCCCUCCCUCCUCUGAACUGGCCAGCCAGGUCACUACUCCAGGCUCCGUGGCGAGGCCCUCUAUGGCUUCCUACAGAUCUGGCCUCACCCAGUUUCAGUACCCACCAAAGGCGAGCCACAAGGGUACCCCAUACAUUACCAUCUGCUCAUCAUUAGACCCUGACACUCUGCUAAGCUAACUUCCCUGCAGGCCCCAAUGCUCAGUUUUCCAAGAGAAAGCAGUGCUCCCUAGGAAGGUAGUGGAACCCAUGUGGACUGGCUUCUCUGGUCUUUAAAAGUGCUCCAGUGGGCAUGCUGUCAAAGACAAGAUGUUUUCUAAAACAGAAGGCUGGGUCAGGAAGUCAACCAAUCUUCCUUAGAGGCAGCCACUCCAAAGGCCCUGGCAAAGUAGGAUGUUCUAGGAUGCUUAGCCCCUGGGAAGAGAGGAAAGUGAUGGCCACUGGGAACAAGAGCUCUGUGGACCCCACAGCCAACCUUGGGUGUUUUUUGCUCAUUUGCAGGGAGGGGUAGACAAAGAAGCAGGCUAGCCCUGUCUUCAGCACAACUGUACACUUUGGGUUUUGAAAUGACAAUUGCUAGGGUCAGCAUAAAUGUUACACAAUUCAAGUGACUCUCUACCAUGCAGUGUGGUCUCCAGAGAAAAGCCUACAGCCACCCUAACCCACAUAAACAGGUCAGCCCUAUCCUUCUGUGACUAGCCUCCUCUUUGCAAUCCGGAAAUUUUAAGGAAGGGAAAAGAUUGUGCCCAUGGUGUUCAGCAAACCCUGAAAGGGCAACUGCUGUGUAAAAUUCACCAACAAUAAGCCUGUUCCCACAGCUGGCUUUAAGGUUGCUCCCAGAGGGUUCCUGCAACCAGGAGCCUAGGGCAUACCUCCAAGUGAGCAAAUGUGGACUUCCUGUGAGCAGAACUGUGGCCCAUUGCUGAUGGAGGGAUGGGGUCCUGGAGGAAGCAACAGGACCUCAGGACUCUGAAGAAGGACACUGUCUCACCUAGGUGUUGGUGGCAUUGGGUACAACCCAGUCUUCAGGAGUACUCUGCUAACUUGGCAACUGUGCUCUCCAGACAGACCUAACCAGCAAGAACCUACUGGGUCUCUGUAGAACUGAGGGAUCUAAGGUCCAGUAGGUCCCACAGCUCCUGACCUGGAGGUCCCAGAGUCAGCCUCCAAAAUCAUUGCUCCCAUCUCCCAGGCCAUGCAUGCCACGUCUGCCCUGGUCUCCCUCCCUUCUUCAACUGCCCCAGGGCAGACUAGCAGAGCUGGCCUCUAACCCAUCACCUCAGCUUUGACCGUCACCAUGGCAACAUGCAGUGCUGCCUCCUCCCUGUUGAAGUCUUAGGCAGGUGGGACACUUCCCACAGGUCAGACUCAGUGUGGUGGUGAGCGCCCUCUAUGGUGGAAGUGGUGAAGAGGCUUCACCUGCUACUCUACCCACCAAACACUUGCAUUGGCAGGAGUAGGCUGGCUGCAUCCUAAGGAUGGCAUUGGCUUUCUCUGUGGCCUCUGACGUGCAGUUGUAAAUAAGGCAUGGGUAAACCAAGUCUGAUCUUUUGUAGAUGCAAUAAAUAUAUUUCACACAGUCACAAUGGGCAGAAGGUUAAAUGCUCCUUCCCUCCCUCAGAGCUGAAGCUGUGAGGAAAAAAGAGGGGGAGGGGGCAGAACUGGGAAGGUCUGGCCAGGGAAGUGCCUGCUUCUGCCAGCAGGACUCAUGCUUUGUGGGGACUGAACCUGAGGGGAGGAAUGGAAGCUAGAACUUUCUUGUAAUUUGAAACUUGGCAAUAAAAAGCAAAAC